AUGGCGCCAAACAUGUGGUUCUUCUUUGUGAUCGCAGGAUGGCUGAUGGCGACCUUCUCAGGCUGUUGCUGGUUCAUUUCAGGUCAUUCCUUCCCAACCCCACCUGGCCAGCUCAACACCAGCAGGGCAGAGAGCCCAACCUCGGAGCCAGGACAGAGGCUAGGCGUGCGCCUGGUGAACGGGAGCAGCCGCUGCAGCGGAACAGUGGAGGUGCUGCUCCGGGCAGCCUGGGAGCCCGUGUGCGGGGCGACAUGGGAUGGCCGAGCCGCCGAAGCCGUGUGCCGCGCGCUGGGCUGCGGUGGGGCGCAAGGGACCUCCCUGUCCAACCGGCCUCCCCGGCAGCCGCCCCCCUGGCCCACCGCGGGCAACUCCAGCUGGGCUCAGAACGACACACGGGCGAUCGCGCCCGCCAUCUGGUGCUGGGGCACUGAGUGGCCGCUUUGUGAGGUGCUGGACCACGCCUGCAGCAGCGAUGGGAAAGCGGCCCAGGUCAUCUGUGAAGAGAACCGCGCCGUGCGGCUGGUGGACGGCGGUGGCAGGUGCGCAGGACGCGUGGAAAUGUUGGAGCGCCAAGAGUGGGGCUCCGUGUGUGACGACACCUGGGACCUCGAGGACGCCCACGUGGUGUGCCGGCAAAUGGGCUGCGGUUGGGCGGUCCAGGCUCUUCCUGGCUUGCAUUUCGUCCAUGGCCAAGGGCCGAUCCACAGGGACCAGGUGAACUGUUCAGGAGCAGAAACUUACCUGUGGGACUGCCCGGGGCAACCAGGAACCGGCUACUGCGGCCACAAAGAAGACGCGGGCGUGGUGUGCUCAGAGCACCAGUCCUGGCGCCUGACCGGGGGCACUGACCCCUGUCAGGGCCAGGUGGAAGUCUAUUUCCGUGGAGUCUGGAGUACUGUGUGUGACAGUGAGUGGUACUCACAGGAGGCCGAGGUGCUCUGCCGGACCUUGGGCUGUGGGACCAUGAACAGAGUGAUCAAGGGACUGCCCCACUCGCUGGCGGGCAGGAUGUACUACUCAUGCACCGGGGCAGAGUCCACCCUCUCUGACUGUUCCUGGAGGUUCAACAACUCCAAUCUCUGCCGCCAGUCGUGGGCAGCCAAGGUUAUCUGCUCAGGUUCCCACGACCUGUCCUCUGCUGAAGUCCCCACUAGUCUUCAGCCGGUCACUGUAGAAUCUUCUGUGACAGUGAAAGUAGAGGGCAAGGAAUCCUGGGAGCUAAUUCUCUUCAUUUCCUGCAUCAUCCUGGGAAUCCUCCUCCUUGGCUCGCUCAUUUCCAUAGUCUUCCUCCUCCUGAAAGUUAAAGGAAAAUACGCCCUCCCUGUUAUGGUGAACCACCAGCACCCAUCUGCUCCCACUCCAACAGGGACCAACAGCUACCAAGAGGCCCCCAUCACCAUCCCCAAGGAAGAAGUUUCCAAGUUUCCCACCCAGAUCCAGAUGCCAGUCCCUCAGGACUCCGAUUCUAGCUCUGACUCUGACUAUGAACACUAUGACUUCAGUACCCAGCCCCCCGUGGCCCUGACCACCUUCUACAAUUCCCAGAGGCACCGGGUCACCGAAGAGGAGGUCCAUCGGAACAGGUUCCAGAUGCCUCCCUUGGAGGAAGGUGAGGGUCCAUGUCUCUAACCCUCCCCCACAACCACCGACUCCUGGUUGUGUGUUGCAGAUCCCCCCUCCCUGGCUGCUCCACACCACCCAGGCCCCGACAAUGACUCCAGCACAUCUUCUGGGGAGGACUACUGCAACAGCCCCAUCAGUAAGCCGCCUCCCUGGAACCCCCCAGUCUUUUCUUCAGAGAGGAAUCCUCUCCUACAGGAGCCCCCUAACUUGGAACUGGCUGGCUCCCAGCCAAUUCUUUCAGUAGGGCCCUCAGCAGACGAUAGUUCCAGCACAUCUUCCGGGGAAUGGUAUCAGAACUUCCAGCCGCUGCCCCCGCCCCCACCACCCGAGCUCCCUUCGGUGGAACAACUUGGAUGUCCAGGUCCCCCCAGCCCCCAGCCUGCCUCCUCCGACAGCGACAGCGAUGACUAUGAUGACAUCGGAGCCACCUAG